AUGACAGAGCACAUGGGUACCAUCCCCUUCACCUACGGUUCAGAGACGUUCCACACCUGGUACAAGAUAGGAUCUCGCACCACUACCUGCUCCCGCACGUCGCAAUCGCACGGCAUCCCCGUCGUCUUCUACGACCAAAUCGGCAUCGGCGCGUCGGCGCACCCUACGGGGAGGCCGGCGCAUCCGGGGUUCUGGAACAUGGAGCUGUUCAUGGACGAGCUGGACAACCUCCUGGCGCGCCUCGGCGUCCACGACGAUUUUGACCUCCUCGGGCACUCGUGGGGCUGCAUGCUCGCCGUGCAGUAUGCGUCGAGUCGCCACCCGGAGGGGAUGAGGCACCUCGUACUUGCGGAUGGCUCGCCGUCGAUGGAGCUGUGGGCGAGAGGGACGGAUGCGCUGCGCGUGCAGCUGCCGGUCCAGGUCCAGGCGACGUUGAAGGAGCAUGAGCUCCACGGGACGACGGACAGCCAGGAGUACCAGGAUGCCGUCAUGGUAUUUUACAAGAAACAUGUCUGUAACAUGGACCCGUGGCCCAAGGAGCUGCUCCAGUCGUUUGAGGCGAUGGACAAGGAUCCGACUGUAUACAGCACGAUGAUCGGACCAUCUGACAUACAUAUCGUCGGGACGCUGCGGACGUGGUCGUGCGUCGAUCAGCUGCAUAACAGUCCAUGUCCGACGCUGCUCGUCAACUCGCCCAUGGACGAGGCGCAAGACGUCAACUUCGUCCCUAUGUUCGAGAAGAUCAACUGCGUGAAAUGGGUCCAGUUUGUGGGCAGCACACACCUUGCGUUCUACGAGGAGCCAGAGAGAUACUUCGCCGAGAGUUCUAGUUUCUUGCGAGAGGAGUGA